UACAUAGAAUGAACUUCCAUAAUUCGCGUUCGCUGGAAGAACGUGUCUACAAUUUAGCAAUUAAUUUAUAGACUAUAAUUAAAUUGAGUUAUAAUUGUGGGGUUAUAGGGUUUGUUGUAAUUACACCUAAAAUGAGACUUAUUAGAAUAGGAGGAUCCAAAGUGUGCCAUUUGUGGCGUAAACCUCUCGAUCGUAACAUUGCAGCAGGACAUUGGAAACAGUACCACAGUGAGAACGGCGUUUUUGGCCAUAAUCCACAUGGGGAAAACUUGAUUCAAAGGCAGCCAGAUUUCACAACCAAGGACCAAAACCGUUCCAAUGCUCCAAAUUUUUACAGACUAGUCACAGCGUUUCGUGAGCAUGGUCAUCGCAUUGCUCAAAUUGAUCCCUUGGGAUGUAAUGAUGAUCAGAGAGACACUGUUCUUGAAAUUCUGCAGGAGAGAUAUUCGCCUACAGAGGAACGUUACGUCCCUGAAGGAGUUCUCCAUUUGGGGAAUGACAAGGCCAGCGUCAGUGUGUCCGAUGGGGUCAAACAACUCAAAGAGACUUACACCAACAAAGUUGGCUAUGAGUUCAUGUACAUUGAGGAUGAACUUGAAAGAGACUGGUUUGCCCAACGUGUGGAACAAUUAGCUAGCGAAAAGUUGGAGGAAAGCUACAAAGUCCAGAUCGCACUGGAAAUGGCGAAAUCUCAAAAUUUUGAUCACUUUUUGGCAAAAAAGUUCCAAAGUGUGAAGCGUUACGGAGGAGAAGGUUGUGAGAGCAUGAUGGCCUUCUUUCUGGAGUUGAUUAAAUCAAGCCCCUCCAACCAAGUGGACCACAUAAUCCUUGGAAUGGCCCAUCGAGGCAGGUUGAAUUUACUCACCGGUCUCUUGGAGUACCCUCCUGUCAAAAUGUUCCAGAAAAUGAAAGGGAUGCCCGAGUUCCCCUCAGAUGCUUUGGCGACGGGAGAUGUUUUAUCCCAUUUGUUUACCUCUGUGGACAUAAAUGUUGAGGGCGGCGGGAAGGUCAGGGUCGGCAUUUUACCCAAUCCUUCCCAUUUGGAAGCUGUAAAUCCUGUGGCCGUUGGCAAUGUCAGAGGAAAAUUAAAGACGCUUAAAUCAUAUGAUUACUCGAACGGACCAAUUGAUAAGGCUUCACGAGUUUUGUGCGUUCAAGUCCACGGAGACGCUGCCCUUGCUGGUCAAGGCAUCAACCAAGAAACGUUGGGAUUUGCAUACGUACCUCAUUUUCGCGUAGGAGGUUCCCUCCAUUUGGUCGUCAACAAUCAGUUGGGUUACACGACCCCUGCCAAUCGGGCCCGGUCUUCUAGAUACACAACGGACGUGGCCAAAAUGAUAUUAGCACCGGUCAUUCAUGUUAACGGUGAUUAUCCAGAGGAAUUGGCCAAAGCAACACGAUUGGCAAUGGAGUACAGGGCCAAAUUUCACAAGGACGUGUUCAUUGACUUGAUCUGCUUUCGUCGUUGGGGUCACAACGAGUUGGAUGACCCAACUUUCACGAAUCCACAACUUUACGACUUGAUCAGUAGCAGAAAAUCGAUACCUGACGCUUAUUGUGAAAAUCUAAUCAGCACUGGAGUGCUCACCGACUCCAUCCUGAAGGAUCAUCUUUCCUCUCACAAUAAUCUUUUAAAUGACAACUUUGAGCAAAUUGAGACUCACGAACCACAAAAGUCUUAUCUUCAAGCCCAGUGGAAUGGAUUAAUUCAGGCACAGGAAGAAAUCACAACGUGGGACACGGGCGUUGACAUUCCUCUUCUCCAGUACAUUGGAGUCAAGAGUGUCCACUAUCCAACCGACUUUAAUGUGCACUCCCACUUGCUCAAAACAUUUAUUAAAGCUCGCAUCGCCAAAGCCACGACGGGAACGAAAAUUGAUUGGGCGACGGCCGAGGCGAUGGCUCUUGGGUCGCUCUUGUACCAAGGCUUCGGAGUCAGACUGAGUGGUGAGGAUGUGGGACGUGGUACAUUUUCCCAAAGGCACGCCAUGCUGGUGGACCAGAAAUCUGGGCAGAUAUUCAUUCCACUAAAUUCCAUGGUGGAAAAUCAGGAGGAAAAGUUGGAGGUAUGCAACUCAACCCUGUCGGAAGAAGCCGUGUUAGGCUUUGAGUAUGGCUUUAGUAUCGAAAAUCCAGGGAAUCUUGUCAUUUGGGAGGCUCAAUUUGGGGACUUUUUCAAUGGGGCUCAAAUUCAGAUUGACACUCUUCUCGCGUCAGGAGAAACAAAGUGGAUGCUUCAAAGUGGUCUCGUCAUGCUGUUGCCACAUGGGAUGGAUGGGGCUGGACCUGAACACUCGUCUUGUCGAAUUGAGCGAUUCCUUCAGAUGACAGAUUCUAACGAAGAUGGGAAGGCGGACGGCGACUACAAUUCCUUUCAAGUAGUUAACCCCACUACCCCCGCCCAGUACUUUCACUUGCUACGCAGACAGAUGAUCCGCAACUUUAGAAAACCAAUGGUCGUGAUUGCUCCAAAAGUUCUGCUCCGUUUGCCAGCAGCAACCUCCACAAUUGAGGAAUUGGGACCUGACACAUUUUUCAAACCUGUGUUGGACGAUGAGACCUCCACUGUGAAAUCUGUCAAGAAGCUCGUGUUUGUGUCUGGAAGACAUUUUUAUACGUUGAAAGAGAAGCAAGUCGAGCUAAACAGACAAGACAUUGCCCUCAUUCGUCUGGAAUCUCUGUGUCCAUUCCCUUCCCUGGAGUUGCAGAGGAUAGUGAAAAAAUAUACGAGUGCUACAGAGUUUGUCUGGAGUCAAGAAGAGCAUCAAAAUAUGGGAGCUUGGUCAUUUGUGAAGCCUCGCUUCGAGAAUUUUGUGGGGAGACGAAUCCGCUAUGUUGGAAGAGGUCCACUGGCAGCGCCGGCUGUGGGCGUGGGAAAAGUUCAUCACAAAGAAGUAGCUAAAUUAAUCUCGGACACCUUUGCUCAAUAAAUUGUAGUGCAAAAAAGGGUUGCAUUUAUUUUUGUAGUUUCUCAUGACCUUUAUAUGGUAUCCUAUUCCAUGUACAGUACAAUAAAGCAUUGGAUGUGACCACCACAAUUA